AUGAGUUAUCCUGUAAUUCUCGUAAAGAAUGUUGUAAAGUAUGAUUACAGCCAAUUGGUAGAACGAGUCAUUGCCAAUUCCAAUUUGGGAUUGACGAGGAUCGUUAUAGUUAUUCAACAAUCAAUUGAUAACUCUAAUCAGUUAAAUUCCAUAUUACCAAAGUACUAUGGGAUAGGGAGAACAGCAGCUCAAGCGGCUGGAUAUAAUAUUGAACUACAAAUCGAUGUAAUCUAUAAUAGGAUCAUUGAUAGAGCAUUUACAAAUUCAUGGAGUGUAAUAUAUAAGUCACCGAUUGAAGACAUUGAAGGUGAAGUGGAUACCUCAGUACCAACCAUAAACAUCAAUGCACCAAUAAAUCCUGAACAACUACACAUACAAAUCCAUAAUGAUGAUGAUAAUCAUAAUCAUAAUCAUAAUCAUACUAGUCCAGGAUUCUCAUAUCAACAAUUCCCAGUCACAGCCGUGGGUGGAACAUUCGAUCAUUUACAUGAUGGUCAUAAGAUUCUAUUAUCUAUGGCAUUAUUUUUAGCUCGUACAAAAUUAAUUAUUGGAAUUACGGGUGCUAAAUUAUUGGUGAAUAAAAAGUAUGCCGAAGCGCUUGAACCAUUUAGUGUUCGACAAUCAAAUGUUGUAGAAUUCCUUGCCUUACUUAAUAGUGCGCAUACCAACUGGGAGAUAUAUGAAAUUAAUGAUGUGUGUGGACCCACGGGGUUUGUAGGAGAUAUUGAUGCAUUAGUACUUAGUUAUGAAUCUGCUAAGGGGGGUGAAUAUGUCAAUGAGUAUCGUACUAAUCAUGGUUUCCGGGCUUUGCAAGUUAUAUCAAUUGAUGUAAUUGGUGGGAAUGGAGAUCAAGAUAAUAAUUGGCAGGGUAAAUUGAGUUCUACUGAUUUUAGAGAAUGGCAAUUAAAGCAUAAGGCGUAA